CGAAAAAGUUUUAAAUUUGUAACAAAGUCUAUUCACCCCCCCUCUAGACUUUGUAUCUCACCACUUCGGGACCACCAAUUGGUAUCGGAGCAAACUUCUUACUAUCUACUUUUAGAUUAACGAGAAGCGAUCAUAAUGGUGAACAAUAUGGAUCAUGGUUUGCCCAAGUUUUCUCUUCUAGGUUAUGAUGAUUGGAAGAUCAUGAUGGAAGCACAUCUCUACGCUCUACAUGAUUGCAUGUGGAUGGUACUUGAGGAUGGACCCUUGAAAAUCCAAAUGGAGAACCCUGAGAGGAAUCCAGCUACUCCAGAUGUAGUCAAGAAGCCUGGCCACUGGAAGUCAGCAUGCCCGUACCCAAAGGUGGAGAAGUACGGAGAAAGAGAAAGGAACGAGAAGAAAAAGAAAGCAAUGGUUGCUGCUGAAAGUGACGAGUCAUCAAGCUCAAGCUCGGAUGAAGAAGCCCUCGUCUGCAUGGAGUGCAGAGUUGAGAAGUCCAACCAUGAGGAUAGGUGGACUAUGUCAGAAGAUGACACUCUCUGCCUAAUGUCCAAAGAUGAUACUGAUCAAGAGGUAACCUCACAAACCUCCUGCUCAUCUUCUUAUAGCAUAACAACCUCUGAAAAUCUUUUUGACCAGUUCAAAAAGAUGAUGAAAGAUUUUGAGGAGAUAAAUCUCAAACACUCAUCCUUAACAGAAGAGAACAAACUAUUGAGUGAAGAGAAUCUCAAGUUCACUGAAAGUCGGAAAAGUCAACUAAAUGAGAUCACUCAACUCAAGACUGAAAAUGAAUCUCUCUCUGAAAAGGUAAAAUCCCUUGACAAAGAGCUAGGGAUACUUAAGGUUAAAGAAGCAGUGAAGAAGCUUCUUGAAACGACCAAACACAAGGGUCGCAAAGGACUUGGGUUUGACCCCUCUAGUUCCAAAAGGAAAGGGAAAACAACUUUCAUCCCUCCUAAACCUACUGCCAAACCAAAUAAGCAGAAAGGGAAGGAAAAGGAGAAACCAACAGAAGUUCCCAAAAAGGUAGUCCCUCCUAAGAACUAUAGGAAGCUGGACAGACCUCAAAAAGGAAACAAUUUCAGAAGGAAACCUUCUAACCCCCAAUAUACACGAGGCUAUACUCAUCAUGGGGUAGACAGGAGUUUUCCCAGAAAUUCUGAGUGGAGAACUAUGCCAAGAUAUAGUCAUCCUCCACCCCAAAAACUAUUUGUGCCACCUAAGUAUGCUUAUAACCGACACAGGUCACACUAUGCACAACCUAGACAAAACUAUAGGUCUUAUCAACCUAGGUUUGCUAGGAGGAAACAAGAAAUUGCACCUCCUGCACGUAAGAAGUUUUAUGCCUACAACUAUGAUUACAAUCCCAACAAGUUUAGAGCUACAAGGAAAAUUUCCUGCAAUUUUAAACUUGAUGUAGGGACAAACACCAUUAACCAUUCCGGACCCAAACUGAAAUGGCAUGUGGUUGACAAACCAUCAAAGCAUGAACAAGAGGUUCUGGAUCUAUCUGACAAGGAUGAAGAAGUCAAUGAAGGAGAUAGAAUGAAGCCUACGGAGUUGAUUCCAUUCAGAAGUCUACCACUGAAGACUUCACAGAGAAAUCCGGAUUCAAACAGUGCUGAGCCUUCCAAUAUUCCGGAUCACUCAAACGGCGACAAUUCCAGAAAUGGCGACCAAGUGCCAAUCCAUCCGGAAACACCAACAACUUCUGUUCUUCAACCAGAAGCUGAACUAGAUCAACCAGUCAAUCCUAAUCAACACAAUCUUCGUUGGUUAAGGGAUCACCCUCCCCAACAAGUCAUUGGAAAUAUUCAAUCUGGUGUUCGCACAAGAAGUGCUCAGCAGAAUCUAGAAGCUAUGCUUGCUUCCGCAGAUUGCGGCCAACAUGCUCCAGUUCCUCCAGCAGAUGGCUGGGCGUAUGUACCACCACUGCCACCGCCACCUCCUGUGGUGGUGGUCACGAUUGAGAAGCUGAAGAAGAACGGAGCCGAGGAGUUCUGUGGUGACCAGAUCGCGGAACCCAUGGCCGCGAAACACUGCCUCGAGCGUGUGAGUCGAGUACUCGGGACCUUACGAGUUCCAGCAGAGCAGAGAGGCGACCUAGCUAUCGCCUUACUUCAGGAUGUCGCCUACGACUGGUGGAAACGCGCAGGAGCGAACAUCCCGAAGCCAGUGCCGUGGGCGACCUUCGACGAGCUCUUCCGUGAGGAGUAUGUGCCCGAGCACUUCAUGGAGGAGAAGCGUGACGAGUUCAUGAAGUUCACGCAGGGUGAACUUACGCUGCCAGAGUAUCACCAGAAGUUCGAUGAGCUGGCUGAGUUUGGUUGGGACUUGGUGCCGACAAUGGAGAAGAGGUGCAAGUGCUUCAGGGAGGGGUUACGCCCUGAUUUGUCCUCCGGACUGGUCUCCGCACCGAGGAAUGACAUCAACGACUUGUACAAGCAGGCGUUGGAGUUACAGACGGCCUUACUCAGGAAGGCUGAGUAUGAGCAGUCCCAGACGACGCAUCCUCGACCGCCACCGCCAUCCAGAUCUGGCUCGAGCAGCAAGAGGCCUCCUCACAUACCGAGCAGCUCGCACUCGAGCAAGAAGGUUAGGUCCGCACCAGCCGCGUCGUCAGCACCCACUCAGAAGAGUGGGAAGAGCCAGAGUCAGAGCAGAUAUCGGAACUUGAUCUGCAACCUCUGCGGCCGGAGGCACUCCGGUGAGUGCUGGUUCACACAGGGCAAUUGCCUUGGGUGUGGACAGGCCGGGCAUUAUCGCAGGAACUGCCCAAGAACGAAGACCGUAGUCUUAGUGUUGUUGAGUCGGUCAUAAUUGUGAUCAAGACCGACCCAACCUUUACACCUUGGCUCUUUAGGCUAAAAUUCUUUUCAUUGCAUUUCACACAUCAUAAAAAUGCUUUUCAAACAUGUUUAAAACAUUAAAAACACUUGGUGUUC